CAAUAGAUUAGCAAUAUCGAAAGGGCCUUGAUCGUUCUCUUACCAUCUGCAAGACUAGAUUUGUUAGCAAGGCAGCAAUGGCGGUUAACCCGAUUCUCCUUCCCGCCAUUUUCACCCGUUUCUUAUUCUUCUCUCUCUCAUCACAAAAUCAACUAAAUGAUGACAACCGCAAUCUCUUGAUCCGUGAAUUGGAUGACGCCAAGCUAAACCUCUCUCGUUUGGAAUCUGUUCUCGAUGAAACAAUUCAAAGGAUCGAUGCUAAAACCCUUCUUCUCAAAGAACGCGAGAAGCUUCUCGAGGACAUGGAAAACAAGAUCACUUAUCUUCGGUCUGUUCUAUCCAGUCUUAAGGAUGAGUCGUUACUUGCUGAUGAAAGGCUUAAAGCUUUACAAGAGGAGGUACAUUUGCUUUGGGAUGUUUCGAGAAAGAACAACUUUGAACUUCACGUUUUGGAAUUGAAAGCGCAGGAUGCUGAGGAAAGGCUCGAGGCUGUUACUUCGAAAGUUGAGAAGGUCGGCAUUUUACUUUCAUUGAUUUCAUUGCCGUGUAGACUGUCUGCUUCUGAACCUCUCUCGUUUGGGCAAAACCCGCUUUCAAUUUCUUUUCUAAAUACUUGCUUAGAAACAAAUACAAACAUUAUUCUUCACUCCUUCAUGCUUGUAAACAUGAUUGCAGAAUCUGUUCUCGAUGGAACAAUUCAAAGGAUCGAUGCUAAAACCCUUCUUCUCAAAGAACGCGAGAAGCUUCUCGAGGACAUGGAAAACAAGAUCACUUAUCUUCGGUCUGUUCAAUCCAGUCUUAAGGAUGAGUCGUUACUUGCUGAUGAAAGGCUUAAAGCUUUACAAGAGGAGGUACAUUUGCUUUGGGAUGUUUCGAGAAAGAACAACUUUGAACUUCACGUUUUGGAAUUGAAAGCGCAGGACGCUGAGGAAAGGCUCGAAGCUGUUACUUCGAAAGUUGAGAAGACGGCAGAAGUUGUUACAGAGCAAUGGAUUCAGAUUCAACAUCUUGAGCAGGCACUUCAAAUUGCACAAUCCAAAUAUACACACGCACACGCACAUACCUUCACUGGGAACCUUUGCAUUUGGAAUAAACAAAUGUCUUCAUUCUUGUCUGUUUCUUGGCAGCUGCAAGGUUUCAUCAAACAAGAAAUGCGAAGAAACGAAUUCACUGCAACCUUUGCCAACGAUGAACUCGUAUUCUUUCUGGCAUCUGCUUUGAUUACCUUCCCUGUACUGAGUGCUUGGAUGGCGCUGUCAUCACGGCUCAACUAGAUCAAGGAAAUCUUCCCUUCAAUAGUAGUGGCUAACCCUGAAAUAGUGUAAAUCAUCUCAGCUUGCUGCCAGUUUAUGUUAUCCACUGUCAUUUGGAA